GCGAAGUAUCAAUAAUGGAGAAAGCAACUCAAAUCGCCGUCGUAGCCAGUCCUGGAUUCAGCCAUCUUGUUCCCCUUCUUGAAUUCUUCAGGCGACUAGUUCAUCUUCAUCCCGAUUUUCAGGUCACCUGCAUCAUUCCUGCACUUGAAUCUCCCCCAAGUUCCUCCAUAGCCUACCUUCAAACUCUUCCUUCAAAUAUAGACUCCAUUCUUCUCCCACCAAUACCCAAAGAAAAACUACCUCAAGGUGUUAUUCCAGGAGUCCAAGUUCAACUCACUGUGACUCUGUCACUUCCAUAUAUUCUCAACGAAUUGAAGUCCAUGAAAUCCAGAAAUGGCCUUGCAGCUUUGGUUGUUGAUGGUUUUGCCUUCGAAGUUCUAGACUUUGCUUCAGAACUCAACAUCUUCUCUUACAUUUACCUCCCUCACGCUGCUAUGAUAUUGUCGCUCUAUUAUUAUUCGUUAACUUUGGAUGAGACAGUUUCUUCAGAGUUCAGAGACCUAAAGGAACCCAUAAAGUUCCCAGGUUGUGUUCCAAUUCCUGGCAAAGAUCUCCCUGCUCCAUUUCAGGAUCGAUCCAGUUUAGGCUACAAGCAAUUUCUUGAACGUGCCAGAAAACUCCGUCUUGCUGAUGGAGUUCUACUCAACAGCUUCCAAGAAUUGGAACCAGAUACAGUUAGAGCCAUACAUGAAGAAAUCCAAGGGAAGGAGAAGAAGCCUCAGAUUUAUCUAGUUGGACCCAUUAUACAAAGUGGGUCAAGCAACGAGGCAAAUGGGUCGGAUCACUCAGUUUGUUUAACAUGGUUGAACAAUCAACCACAUAAAUCUGUUCUUUAUGUUUCAUUUGGGAGUGGCGGGACACUAUCUCAAGAUCAGACCAAUGAACUGGCUCACGGAUUGGAACUAAGUGAAACAAGAUUCUUAUGGGUUCUUAGAGCUCCAAGUAAAGUUUCUAGUGCUGCUUAUCUUGAUACCUUAAAUCAGAAUCCUCUAGAUUUCUUACCAGAAGGGUUUCUGGAGAGAACUAAGGAACGAGGUUUGGUUGUUCCUUCAUGGGCACCACAAAUUCCAAUCCUUAAACACAGUUCAGUUGGUGGAUUCUUGAGUCACUGUGGCUGGAGCUCAACGCUUGAGAGUAUUGUUCAUGGCGUUCCGCUCAUAACUUGGCCACUUUUUGCAGAACAGAGAAUGAAUGCUGUCUUUCUGAAUGAUGGUUUAAAGGUGGCUUUAAGGCCGAAAUUUAAUGAGAAUAAAGGGAUGGUGGAAAGGGAAGAGAUCGCAAAAGUUGUGAAGAGUCUGAUAAAUGAUGAAGAAAGUAGUGAGAUUCGAAUGAGAAUUAAAGUUUUGAAAGAUUCUGCUGCCAAUGCACUCAAAGAAGAUGGGUCCUCCUCAAUGAAUCUCUCUACGUUUGCCAUGAAUUUAAGAAAGACUUGCAGCUGAAGCUAUCAAAGUUUAUAUUUCCUCCUAAAUAUAAGAGUUAAUUUGUAUUGCAA